AUGGCACAGCGUGCAUCCGAAACGUUCAACCGUUGCGUUUGCCGUGCGUUGCACUCGGGCAAAGCUUUUUGGCAAGGCACCACCUUGGUGGUAUCUUCGGAGUUUCCUUCAACGAACAACGACGCGAAUCAGGAAGACCUCGUUUCCCAGGAUGGAGACAUUGGCAUACAAUUGCCGAAAGCUGUAUGUAUGGUCAUUUUUACAUUCUUCCGGGGUUCAUACUUACCCUCUGAAGCCGUUGAACUUGUGUUGUCGCCGUCGAGUCAAGGCGAAGAGAUAGAGAUAUUGGAUACCAGGGAAGGGUGCUGCCCGGCUUGGAAACGGCCUCCCGGCGGUAUCAGCCGGAUGACAUAA